AAAUGUGUUUACACGCGGCAGUCGCACUGAUUGCACAGGGAACAAAUACUGUGGUGUUAGCUAAAUUAACCAUCUGUGCGACGUGAGGUGAAUACUUAUUGUUGUGAUUCGAGUAAUCGAAGCUAUGCAGAAGGUGGUCAAAAUCGAUAGAAGUUAAGUUAGUGAGUAUUAUGACUCAUCGACAGACGAACAUCUACGAGUUGAUGCCCCGUUCUCGUCGCAUGUGUCAUCGCAGAAACCGAGAAUUUCAACACACCCAAAACGCGAUGGAUCAAGAUUUUGAACGAACACUUGGGAUGUGCUGAACACUCAUGGUCGAGCGACACAACGAAAGCCAAAACUAACAGAGAUUGGGAAUGACCGAUCAAAACGAAAAACAGAAAUUUAAUAUGCAAGAUAUCUACAUCUCACCAGGAAUCUCCAGGGAGCGAAGUUUCAUUCGAACUUCGAAUCAGCAGGUAAUGGACAUGAAUGCCAACAAGAGACGCAGCUUGGCCUUCAGCCAGAGCCAGGCCAUGCAGCAUGCCCAACAACAACAGCAACAGUUGCGCGGUAAGCCACCGAUGGAAAUCUAUCGUCCACCAAAUGUGCGCCUGGAUGGACACCCGAACCAGAUCAACAAACUGAACGUGCACGCGCAGGAGUUCCAGAUGAACAACCUAAACGACGGUCGUAUUCCGCUGCAAAACUCCAGAUCUCUAAACAUCUACAGUAACUCUCUGCAGCAAGCGAAGUCCAAUCUCGGCAUGCAGCUGAACUUGCAUCCCCGAGCACAUCCAAUGCAACUGGGCAACAUCGGCAGUCCUCACCGGGGACCGAUUAUGAUGUCUUCCCACCCGAUGCAGCACGGUGGAGUUCAGCUACAGUCCUCCCAUAUGCCGCUCGUUAAUUCACCGUCCAGUGGUAACAUACUGCACUCCACAGGACCACGAGUAAAAUUCGCUCCGGAGCCAAUAGUUCAUACAGAACACACAAACAACAGCUUCCAACCGCAAUCGAACAACAAUUUGCCAUCAACGCUACAACCAAGCGCUCAAAACCUCAACAACAACAACAAUCCGAUGAACAUUGCACCGUUACAGCGCUCCAAGUCACUUUCGUCAGCCGAUACGCUUACACGAGGAUUGGCCGGGUUGGGACUUGCUGUGGGACCGGACGCCAACGACAUCGGUCAAUUUCCACCGGAAAUACAAGCGAUCGUGCACAAAGCGGCGGAUGAUCCGAACCAGCUGAACGCACGGUGUUUGAUGGAGUUGGCGACGCAACUGAUGCAUCGGGCAGUCGACGGUCGAAGAUUUGCCCUACCAAUCUCUAGAUUAUGCAUUACAAUUAUCGCUAAGGAAAGGAAAGAGACAUUCUUGGAAGCUCUGUUGAACACGUGCCGUCAGUGGUACCAAGAACGUGAUAAGGUUCUAGGUCCGCUCCUAAACAUCAAAAAUCCUUCACGGCCACGUUUCACAGCUUUCAUGGCUUUUCUCACGGAAAUGUUUUGCCAGCUGAAGCGACGCCAACUGCAGCUUCGUACCGAGUGCGAUGGAGUCCCGCCUCCGAUGGUGCUGCUGACAGUGCUUGGCAAAUGCUGCGAAGAUUGCGUCAAACCUCCCGUUCGAUCACUUUCCGAGAUCGAAUGCCUGUUCUUCGUACUGACCUGUAUUGGGCGCGACUUGGAAAUGCAUCUACCACAGCAGCUGGAAACGUUACUGGCUGCGGUUCGAGACGCGUUCCUGAACUCAUCGGCUUCAGCCCCGGCCAUCCGUCGUACACUAUUGCAGUUAAUCGAGCUCCAAGCAUCCAGAUGGCAGCUCCCCGGUAAUACUGUGCUGUAUUACUAUCCAUCCUCGAAAUAAGCUGCCUAUAUUGAGUUCUAUGUAUGCAGUGCACUGAUGGAUCCUCAUGUUUGAUGGACUGCCAGUCUGGUUGGUUUACCUGCGAAGUUUCCUAUGGUGAUGAUACUAUGAGAUUACCACACUAUCGUUAACAACUUUCACCUACCUGCUAUGGAAAGUGUUGGAGGAAGGAGAACUUUUGCCGAAUCAAAUAAAAACGAACGAAACACUCUGGAAGUAAAGAGAAUUUAGAAAACGACACGAUCAGACUACAUUCCAUCAAAACACACUAACAAUGAAGGCAAGAAAGGAAAUCAAUUACCACAGAAUGAAAUAUUAUUGAAUAUCUGUUAGGAAACGCCCUUUAUUUUUUGAUUAUUUAAACGUACUAUUUAUCUUCACGAAUCUCUGAAAAUGUUUAUCAAAAAACACGAAAUUUCACAAUGUAACACAGAAACGAAACGAUUUUUAUAAUUUAGAAGUUUUACUAAACCUCUUAAGUUUUUGAUGGAUGUAAUCUAAAACAUAUAUUUAAAGCGAAAGCAAGUAAACUAGUCAUUUUUAUUUAAUUAUUUUAUAUAAUGUCAAACUUUUACAUGCAUUGUUAAACGUAAACAUAACAGAAAAAUCAACAAUGACUGACUAACAUCAUUAUUACUUAUCAUUAUAAAUUCAUUAUACGCAUUAAAAACAUGCACCCAGUCAAAACACGGAAGAGCCGUACCACAAAUAAUUGCGAACGCUCUGGUUGUGUCGAGUUUACGGGCCUGUGCUUUCGCGAGGGCCACCCGAUUAUAUGUAUUAACUUAUUUGGAUCCUAGCGUAUGCAUAGUUUAGCAAAUUAGUAAAAGCGGAACAACAAUCGUCAUUUUGAAUGGCAAAUCCGCGGGCAUCACUGUACGGAACAGUGUAUGCGCCAGGCCGAGACGUCUUAUGACCGCCCGUUUGAUUGAUGAAGCUAAAACGGGCCGGAGGAAAGUUUCAUAUUUACAUCAGAAGUACAAGCAUCGUACACGCAUGAGCUGUGUUAGGAACAUUUUAAUGGUUUUGAGAUAUACAUUUAAUUGUUGAAAGUUAUUGCAUAAAGUCUGUCUUUUCGCUCUGAAACUAAUCAUGUGCAGUUAGAUAUGUGUCGAAAAUUGUUUUGUAGUAAAUAAAGCAUCUUUUUCUAGUUUUCUAUGAGAA